GAAGGAUAUGAAGGAACCUCAGUUUACCCUUUUCAGAUUUGUCAUAUCGAAGUUAUCUGCAUUGUCGGGAGGGACGGUUUGCAGAUCUUCUGAUUAUCACCUUGGAAAUUAAAUUUUCCGUUCCCUUAACCUGGCGCACGGUGGGCUAUCCCGUCUCUUUCUUGCGCCUUAGCACAUCUCCGUCUGGGUGCGACCUAGGGGAUCCAAGCUCUCAUUUAGGCCCCUUCACGUCAAGUUAAACUGGGAAAAAGCGAAUAAACAGAGAAACGGGAACUACUGCCGCGUUUUGACUCCGCCUUUAAUCAAUAACUCCGCUGGUACAAGAGACAGUAGCCAUUGGAAUGACGAACAGACGAGAUCUGUACAUAGAGCGCGCGCAUCGCACGUUCCAGCACUGGGUGUCGUCUGCUAUCGCCGUUACGUCAUCACGCGUCACAAAAGCGGGAGAAACUUCAACGAAGACUUCUGGAUUUGGCUUUCAUUAGCUGAAUAUUGAGUUAGUUUUGAGAGUAACCGUUCAGGAUUUAUUUGUGCGACUUUUCUGCAGACUUGCAAGGAAGUGUCUUCGUGACUACUGAUUGCUGCGUGAUCGGAUUAUAGGUUGAUGUGACACUCCGGAGUAAUGAAUGAAGGACUGACAACUUCAGAGAAAGGAUGCUCCAUAGUGUAGCAAUGCUAGCUGUCCUGCUAUAUUCUGCCUUGGCUGAUUUAGCGCCAAAGUUCAACACAACGCCGGAACAUGUGACCGUGAAGGCUGGGGACAAAGCUAUCCUACCAUGCACAGUGGAAUAUAUCGGAGACAAUACGGUCAUCUGGGUGAGCCCACGAAAACAGCUGAUCAGCCACUCGGACCGGCGUAUGAUAGAUGACCAGCGCAUCACGAUCGAGCGGCCGUAUGUGAAGGAAUGGAAUCUACAUAUCAACGACGUCCGUUACAACGACAGCGGCGUCUACAAGUGUGAAAUCAACACCGUUCCUGAGCAGGAGAAGGCAGUUAAACUCUCUGUCCUUGUGCCACCCGCUAUCAUUAGCCGCCUGUCAUCUGACAAUAUCCGGUUGCGCGAAGGGGAGGUAGCGGAACUAAUAUGUAACGUGACAGGAGUCCCGCAGCCAAACGUCACGUGGAACAAACGGAACUACAGAAUGGGCAGAGGUAGAAAAGAAAGAAUCGGUCUGGAGGGGGAGAUGCUACUCAUACACAACGUGACCCGCUACUGCGACGACAUCUACGAGUGUUUUGUGGACAACGGCGUUCCUCCAUCUGUCAGCAAGGCGAUCAGAGUCAUCGUGGAAUUUGCACCGGAAGUAACGAUGCCGAAUAGGCGAAUGGGUCAGAAACUUGGACGGGAGACUAUUCUGCAAUGUUCCAUAUAUGCUCAUCCUCAGGGUCUAACUUUCUGGAAGCGGAAUGGUUUGGAAAUAAACAAUGAUGAUAAAUUUAUGACAGAAGCCUAUGCGGAUCUUGAAAACAGGAUAGUGACAUUAAGUUUAAGAAUCAAAGAAAUUGAAAAAGAAGAUUUUGGGUCAUAUACUUGCGAAGGAAGUAACUAUCUCGGGUCAGACGAAGAGGAGAUGAUUUUAUAUGAAUUAGAACCAGUGAUAAUAACGACACCGACAACGACCACAACACGUGAACCCCCUUAUGACAUCAUACCUGGUAAUGGUUACGACACGGGCUACGAAGAACACCACAGGAAAGCAACAACAUCAACAGCCAUGUAUCCAUUAUUCCCGCCGAUGGUAGAACCAGACAAAGGAAGAGGUAAUGAGGAAAAGGCUUUGGUUCUUGGCCAUUCCAGCUGUUCACCAAAGUUCGCCAUUUUGGAAGCUCUUAUCGGGCCCUUGAUAUUAACACUAUUUCACAUGAAGAGAUCCUGAUGUGCGCGUACAUUGUGAUGGUCGUACAGUAGCUUGGCUGCUGUCCUGCCAGAAUGCAAAUGUUCUUUUUGCUUCUACUGCAGACAAUGGAUGACAAUUUGCAUUUGUAAUAUAAUACAUCAUCAGCAACCCCUAAUCCAAGUUUUAUACAUUCAGCUGUGGUGAUCACGUGACAGGUCACAUGAUAUCUUGGGGUCAAUCGAAUGUGAUUGACAGAUACACAAUUCUUCUGUACUCUGCACAUAAGGGUGAAAACAUCAUAUCUUAAUCAAAAAAGAAUAUUUAGUUUCCUGUUUGUAUGAUAUAAUUAUUUAACGACAUAUAUGCGCCUAAGACGGAUGCCUCUGUCAUUCUAGAAGACAAUACUUUAUACGUGUACCAGGAAACUGCUUUCUCUCUUUAUAUAAGUAGAAAUGACUGACUUAAAGGUCUUGAUAUGAAUGUGGGUUGUAUGUAAUAGUCUAGUGACGUAUUUAAGGAAGAAGAUGUGAAAUGCCCUUUGAACAAUCGUGACGGAAGUCCAAUAUUUGUGUAGACUCUAUAUCUAUAGAACUUUCGCCUCGGAGACAUCAGGAUUCAUCUCAGUGGAAAUGCACGUUCAUAAUUACAAUAUGACUGUAGCCUUACAUGUAUCAAUACCAAAUGACUUGUGUGUUACUGGUUAUAUAUGACGGGGAUAUAUCAACGACGCCCAUCAGCUCCGUGUAUGUAUUCUUGAGUUGUUGUUUGAAAUGAACAUGCUUGUUAUCUUGUAUAGACACAAUUCGGCCAAAUGACGUGACUUUUAUCAAGGCACAUUUUCUUUCAUCAAACAGUCACUAGUGCGCGCUUCAUUAAGUAACUAGAGACACAUUGAAACAUUAUCGAUAAAUAUAUUUAAAGCUAGUGUCGGUUUUUAUAUAGUCAACAAAAAAGUUACUAAUUUUCUUAUUCAUAAUAUUAUGAUUAGAAGGACGGGCUUUUUAUUAAAGGACGCAAAUGUUCUUGUGUUAUUUUGGCUGAUGAUGGACCAGAGAAGGUUCCUGAGAUUAUAAUUUUGUAUGAUAAAUAUUCAAAAAGUCAAAUUCGAACUAGAAAUUUGAGUGUUCUUUUAGAGAUAGAGAUUUACCGCAGUUUUAUAGGGAAAGACAAAUGUGACUUUCAUUUUUCCCCAAUACGGUUUAAAACUAAUAGUAUAAUUCUAUUAGGAACAUAUUUACAGAAUCACAACUUUGGUUAUUGAGUAUACAUGUACCGUGUAAAACCUUGUCUUGUCAUUUCCUGUUUUCAUAUCCUCGCCUUUCUUUCACAUGACGACAUUCGAGAUUGUAUGAGUUCUGUUGUGAUUAAUUUCUGUAUUAGUCAGUUUAAAAAGUACAUAUGUUAACUGACCACAAUUGUUGAAACUUCCAUAAUACAUUGAAUGUAUCUGUUUUUGUUUUCAAGUUAUCAAUUAUAUACGCAAAUGGCAUAAACUGUUUGUUUUCUCAGUUGUUUUCGCCCACGUUGUUGAUAUUAACAUGGACACAAGAAGAAGGAAAUAGAAUGGUAAACACAUGUAUUAAUGUUAUAUUAAUUUGUGUCCAAACAAAUUCAAAACUGUAAAACAACUACAUAGUUGCAUGUCAUCACCGUGUUCUGAUCCGUGAUGCUUUGUUGAAUGAAGGUUUGUUAAUAUCUACUGCUGACAUUUACUGUUUCCUGGUUUCAGCAACACAGUUAUAUUGGCUUAGAUAUAUUUGUGUGUCAACACUUAUGGCAUGUUCAGUGUUUUAUAUCAUAUGUGGACAAUGUAAUAUUGAAUGCUUGAUACAGAAGACCAAAAUGACAAUGUAUCAAUGAUGGAUAUUGUAUCAAACACCAUGACUCUUCACUACAUGUAUUACCAUUACCGCUGCAGUUUGUUCUCAGACAUAUAGUCCACUGAUUUGAAUUUUCACUAACAACUGUGAAAUGAUGAUGAAAUAUUGAAUUUUAUGUACAGUUACUCCUGGCGUGGAACUGUGUAUGGGGAAGCAUACUAUAGUUCAGAUUAUAGAAUACGAAGCUUUAUUUUAUGGACGUUACCAAAAUGCCCAUACAUCUAAUAUUGCGUGAAACGUCUUGUAAUAUAACACAUUUUUACAUCAUAUCCGUUCAUUCAAUAUAUUAUGUAUAAAAUAAUUACCAACAACAUAGCAUGGAUGACUAUACUGUUACAAAAUCAAUAUAGAUGCACUCAAACAGAGUUGUCGAAGUUGAAGGGACCUACGUUAAUACCUCGAGUUAGCAGAUGUUCGACACAACCGAAAACUGAUGAAUAAAGAUGGAAUAUGCAGGGACCAAGGUUUUACGAGACAACCAUAAGUUCGUCACAUCAUAUUUCGUCAGGACGGUGUUUGACUAUGUCUAUAUAGAAACAAAACAUGAGAACCAAAGUUGAAUCAAACUAAUUUAAAAGUAAAGGUUACAUAUAAAGCGGGCUGUUUUAUCUCACCUUACUUGCUGAUCAUCAGCACGAUAUCAGUGAAUCGGUGCACAGCGUUAACCCGAGGCCUUGACAACAACCAAUUUCACCCUUUUCAGAAUGUGUGUUCAAUAAGACACGCUUACCGCAGAACCCUUCAGGUCCGAAUGUCGUAUGUUCUUGACAUCAAUUGACAAAGCGCUAAUAUUCAGUGAGAAAGAAUCAUAAGAACACCUACGGCGCCUAAUUUCAUCCUUUUCUGAAUCUAUAUAUCAAAACUGACCAGAAACUGAAUAUGCGUCUCAUAAAGAAACGAUCAUUUCAAUCCAUUUGUCCCAACUCCAUGUCAUUCUUAAAGCAUUUUGAAAAUACAACACUUCGAUGAACAUCUGCAAAUGCUUACGGCUAUUGUGAAUGAUUCCCUACAGCUAACCAGGGCGACCGUACUUGCCAUGGCUUGUGCGUGUAUUCCGUAGGUGUCAUACACUAAUCUCACUGUAUCUGUAUAAAUUUGGUUUAGCAUGGGCAACGAUGAACAUUUUGUCCUCCAGUUUCUACAGGUUAACAUUUCAUCUUUGCACGUCAUUAUAUGUACAUUCAUGUCAUUGAUAGCAGAGUAUACUCGAGUGUUACAUGUAUUCGAUAAGCCUAGUGGAUGUAUAUAUAUAUGUGUGUGUGUAUUAGUAGUUUUGAUGUGCUUUUUCUUAUACGUUGCUAUCGAUGCUGGUUGGCGAUUGAAGAUGAUCGCAUACAUAUUCUGUAUCGUUGCUAAAGGGUCAACAUUUGAGGCAAUCAUUCUAUCGAAACAAAUUGUAUUCACAUGCAAAAUCAAUGGUUUUAUUAUGUCCUCGAAUAAAAAGGUGACGAUAAUGCUCAACACAAACGCUUAUUAUAGGAGUAAGAAGUCAACUUUGAAAUAUUAGAUAUUCAAGUCUCUUAGUUGUCCCUGAAGCAGUAUUCUAACUAAGCAAUUUAAACGUAAUCUACUUCAACCGAAUAUGAAGACACAUAUUUUGCUUUUGGCGUCAUAAUUUUGCACUUAUUGGUCUGUUUGAUUUAUUGGUGUGAUAUGCAUCAAUGUACAAAAUAGUGCAUGUACUUAUUGACAAGGAAAUACCUGGAAACUGAAGAAGACCGUACUGUUUUUAACUGCGAUACGAAAAUAACCUAAAUUAUCCACCGAAACUGAUUCCAUUUGGCGCAAAGGGCAAAAUAGCUGUGAGAAUGAUAUGAAUGGACCACUGAAAACAAGUGAUGACACCAGGUGUUCGCGACGUAAAUCUAAGCGCUGAAUGUGAUCAUCUUUCGUUAUACCAGACGUAGCUUUGUUACUGUUUCGUACAUAAGUACAUACACUGGAUAGUGGUGCUCCAGAGUUGCACACUGUAGCAAUGAUUGGUGUACCUUUCGUUUUAGGCUCAUGUCGUUUGGCUACGGCGUUUCAAUAAAGGUAUUUUCGUA